UUGAAUAUAAAAUCCAUAAACAUAGCAGGUAAGGCCGUGUACAGUAAACUCUUGUAAUCCGAUCUUUCCUCAAAUCAAGUGCAUAAAAUUGUAGCUCCUAAAUGCACACAAGCUUAAUACUUUCCAGUACUCUUUGGCUGGUGCUGCAUGAGGAACACUACUUCACUGUCAAGAAUUUCAAUAUUCCCUAAAUAUUUCUCUAAUCAUGGAGAUAAAAUCAAGCAUCAAAGGCUCAUUCAGUUACUUCAAGAACCAAAUUGGAUUCAAUCUCUCGACGCAACUAAGGCUCUUCACGCACUCACAAUCACAAUGGGGCAACACCCAACUCAACCCUUUUUGGCGAAUAACACUAUCAUGUUCAAGUACUCUGUAUUCGGUGAUAUCCGCAUUGCACGCAAGGUGUUUGAUAAUAUGUCCAAGAGAAAUGUUGCGUCAUAUAAUACAAUGAUUAGUGGUUAUAGUCGGAAUGGAAGUUUAUUAGAGGCUUGGAAGUUGUUUUCUGAGAUGAGGGGUUGUGGAUAUGAGCCGACUCAGUUUAGUUUUGGUGGGGUUUUGGGUUGCGAGUGUUUGGAUGUUAUUCAAGGAUUUCAGUUGCAAGCGUUGGCUGAAAAAUUGGGGCUGUUUUUCGUUGAUGCUGUAACAGGGACUGCAUUAUUGGGUUUACUUGGAAGGAAAGGAUGGUUAGAUGAAGCUAUGCAGGUUUUCGACGAAAUGCCUAAAAGGAAUUUGGUGACUUUGAAUUGUAUGAUAUCCUUGUUUGGACAGUAUGAAUGUGUUGAGGAGUCAAUGAUGGUGUUAAGGAGGUUAUUAAGGAGUGGAAUGGCUCCUUCUGAGAGCACUUUCGUGGGCAUAUUGGUCGGUUUUGUUGGGGAACUUGAUUUUAUAUUAGGGGAACUAGUACAUGGGUUGGUAGUGAAAAAUGGACUGGAUUUUUCUGUUUCAGUGAAUAAUUCAUUGAUUAACAUGUAUGCGAAAUGCUCUGACAUACAUAAGACGGAGAAAAUGUUUGAAGAUGUUCCUGUUAAGGAUGUUGUGUCGUGGAAUACAAUGGUUGGUGCAAUGGCGAAGAUUGAAAGAGCAGAUAGGGCAUUGGUUGUUUUUAGGAAAAUGUGUGUAAGUGGCUUAUUGCCUAAUGAUACGAGUUAUGUGAGUGCCCUAAGUUGCUGCACUAGCCAGCAGUUUCGAUUGCUUGGGGAGUCCAUCCAUGCGAAAGUAAUCCAGAAAAAGUUUGAAUCUGAUGUAUAUGUCGGUAGUGCUUUACUUGACUUUUAUGUUAAAUGUGAUAGAUUGGAUGAUGCCCGUGUUUGCUUUGAUGAAAUAUCAGAGAAGAAUGUGGUUACUUGGAAUACGUUGAUGCUGGGUUACUCGAGUAAAGGUUCUUCUUAUGCUAUUUCGCUGCUUCAACAAAUGAUUCACUCGGGUUGUCUUCCAACUGAGUUUUCCUUUUCUAUUGCUGUGAAAUCGUCAGGAAUAUUAGAGGUACUUCAGCUCCAUUCUUUGUCCAUAAAAAUGGGUUACAUUGAUAAUGAUUAUGUCUCUAGCAGUCUCAUUUCUUCAUAUGCAAAAACUAGUUCAGUUGAUGAUGCCCUAAGGUUUGUCACUACCAAUGACAUGCCACUUCCUGUUGUUGCAUCCAAUAUGAUCGCAAAUAUUUAUAACAGAAAUGGACAAUUCGACAAGACUCAAGAGUUGUUUUCUGACCUUGAAAAUCCAGAUACUAUAUCUUGGAAUAUUUUGAUUGCAGCCUGUUCUAGAAAUGGUGAUUAUGAAGAAGUUUUUGAACUUCUUGAACACAUGCGGAUGGCUAGAGUAUCUCCUGAUAGAUACACAUAUGUUAGCCUGUUUAGUGUGUGCACCAAGCUUUGUAACCUUGGUCUAGGUAGCUCACUUCAUGGCCUCAUUACAAAGACUGAUUUUAAGCGUUGUGACACAUUUGUCUGCAAUAUCAUGAUUGACAUGUAUGGCAAAUGCGGGAGCCUUGCAAGUUCAAUCAAGAUUUUCAAUGAAAUGACGACUAAAAAUGUGAUCACAUGGACAUCCAUUGUUUCAGCCCUUGGACUGCACGGUUAUGCAUUAGAGGCAUUGGAGAAAUUCAAGGAGAUGGAUAUGACCGGGAUUAAACCUGAUAAGGUUGCUUUCCUAUCCGUGCUUUCAGCAUGUAGGCACGUUGGAUUAGUGAAAGAGGGGAUGGAAUUGUUUGGGCAGAUGAAAGGAAAAUAUGGGGUAGAACCAGAUAUGGAUCACUAUCUUAUUGCAGUGGACUUGUUGGCUAGGUAUGGCUAUUUGACAGACGCCGAGCAGUUAAUCACUGGGAUGCCUUUCCCUCCAAAUGCUCUAAUAUGGCGCAUUUUUUUGGAAGGCUGCAAGAAAAAGAGAAGCAUAGACGACACUCUCGCUCUUGCUUCAUAAAAUAUGUGUGAUGCAGAGUACUACUAAUGAAAGUAAUGAUCAUGUUGCUUGGUGGAGCUUAUUUAUUGUUUUCUCCCAACAACAUAUGAACAAACAGGAAACUGGUGUCUUGAUAACAUGAUGUUGCCUCAACCGGUUCCAAGGUCGAUGGAUUAUCAAGGUAUGAGUUAGUUCCUUGAUUAUUACUGAUGCAGUUGUUGUUUCUUCUGAUGGAAAACUAAAUUCAACAUCAAAUGGAUGCUCUUAAGUAGAAUAUUGGAAGAUCUUUUCAUGUACUUACCUUAACAAAUCUGCUUUUAGUUUUUUCCUACUGAGGUUGAAUAGCUUACAGAGAUCAACUUGUCCGAGCAUGAAUGACUAAGAAAUCAUCAAGUACAAACUGGUCUAAACUAAUCACAAAGAAAACAGAGGAAACAUGUGAGAUCUAAAGAAGUCUACCAUAAGUGAACAAUGGAGUCCUGGGCUUUUGACCACUAAAUAAUGUGGUGCAGUGGAUGAGUCUGCUCCCCCCUUAACUAGAGAUCUCGGGUUCGAGCCCUGGAUAUAGAGAAAUCCUUGGUAGGGAGCACUUCCCUCUCAAAUGGGGCCCUACGCAACAAGAAUCAAAUUAGUCAGACUCCAAUGCGAGGACAAAGGAGUCAUGUCUUUUGUAAUCCAUAGGCCAUUACUCUGCUUCAAUUGUGAAUCCAUAUCAUCAACAUAACAUGAUAUUGUUCGAUUUUUUCUUGUUGAUUCUAUUGAUUAAGUGUUCUAUCCAGUUGGAG